AUGGUGACAGUAGACAAUAUCACCCCGCUCCAUGAUGCCUGCAUCCAGGGACAUCCAAACUGUGUUCGACUGCUACUAGAUGCAGGGGCUCAGGUGGAUGUGAGGACCAUCCAUGGCAGCACUCCUCUCUGUAACGCCUGUGCUGCAGGGAGCCUGGAGUGUGCAAAGAUGCUGCUGGAAUAUGGAGCCAAAGUCAACCCCUCCCUCACAGCACUCACUGCCUCUCCUCUGCAUGAGGCCUGCAUAAAGGGUAAUGCAGAUAUAGUGAGGCUAGUGAUAGCACAUGGAGCCUUGCUAGAGGCCUUUGAUCUCCAGUUCGGUACCCCGCUACAUGCUGCCUGUGCCAAGGAACAUGUGGACUGUGCCAGGGUGCUGCUCAAAGCAGGUGCCAAGGUGAAUGCAGCUAAGUUCCAUGAGACGGCUCUCCACCAUGCUGCCAGAGUAGAGAUGGUGGACAUGAUUGAGUUACUGGUGGACUUUGGAGGCAACGUAUAUGUCACAGACAAUGACAACAAAAAGCCCAUAGACUACACCAAGCCUGGCUCUCCCACUGAACAAUGCUUACAGUAUUAUGAAAGUACACCUCUGAGUCUGCAGCAACUUAGCAGAGUGACUCUGAGGACGUUGCUGGGUACCAGAGCUCUGGAGGUCGUAGGUCAACUGGACAUAUCUCAACGUACCAUCAGCUACAUUCUCUGUGAGGGGUGUUGA